CGCUUCCUGUGGGCCGCGCGGGGCGCCGGCGCGCCCGUCCUGACGUGGUUGGUGUGCGCGCGCGUCGUUCCGGGGCCAGGAACCCGCCAUUGGCGCGGUCGGGCCCUUCGCGUCCGCCUGGCAGAGGGACUGACUGCGGGCGGGCGCGUGUCACAGUCCCUCUCCCCGCCGCUAGCAGAGCUCCGUUAUGGCGGAGGCGGACGCGGACGGGGCGAGCGCGGCUGCGGUUGCCGGUUCGGGAGCCGACGGCAGUGGAGAGUCGCCUGCAGUCGAAGGAGGGGGAGCCGGAGCGUUGAGCGAAGAAAAGGAAGCGGCCGCGAAAGGAGCGGAGGCCGCGGGGGACAGUGAGGAGGACGGCGAGGAUGUGUUCGAGGUGGAGAAGAUCCUGGACAUGAAGACGGAGGGGGGUAAGAUCCUGUACAAAGUUCGAUGGAAAGGAUACACGUCGGACGAUGACACCUGGGAGCCCGAGGUUCACCUGGAGGACUGCAAAGAAGUGCUUCUGGAAUUCAGGAAGAAAGUUGCAGAGAACAAAGCCAAGCCCGUCAAGAAAGACAUCCAGAGACUCACCUUAAAUAAUGACAUAUUUGAGGCAAACUCGGAUAGUGAUCAACAAAGCGAGACCCAAGAAGACACUUCUCCGAAGAAGAAAAAGAAAAAACUACGGCCCAGAGAAGAGAAGAGCCCAGAGGAUCUGAAAAAGAAAAAGGCAAAGUCUGGGAAAGCCAAAGAUAAACCCAAAGCAGACCUGGAGAGCUCCUCUGAAAGCUCGGUUUUUGAUUUAAGGACAAAGAAAAGAAUUUUGGAGGCCAGAGAAGAAUUAAAGGAAUCCAAAAAGCCCAAGAAAGAUGACGUAAGAGAAAGUAAGGAGUUAAGGAAAGGUAAGAAGGGCGAAGUAAGAGAUUUAAAGACUAACAUAAGAGAAGACUCCAAAGAAGAGAAGAAGGCAAAGAAAGAGAAGUGUGUGGCCCCACCGCUGGAACCUGAGUCGACCGUGCUGGGCGGGUCCCCGUUUCAGGAGGCGGACAGUGAAGACUCCCAGCCUGAGCACAGGGAAGAGAAACAGAUGAAAGGGGCAAGAGAUAAAGCCGAGCCAGAUGCCCUGCCCGAGGCCGGAUUCGAGCAGCAGCAGGACGGCGCUCUCAGUGCUGACGAGGAGGAUGCCAGAGCCAAGAGGAAGAAGAAGAGACCGAGAAAGACAGAGGAACCUAAAGAGAGCAGGACGCCAGAGAACAAGAGCCCCCUCUCGGAGAAGAAACCGGUGCAGAAGAAGCAGAGGAAUCAAGACAGGGGCAGAAGUGGCGCCGAGGCGGAGAAGCUGGCGCCCGCGUCGCCCCCCGCGCAGAGCGGCUCCCGACCGGGUGCAGACUCCCCGGAGGAGGAGAAAGAGACCCAAAAAAAUGAACCCAAAGAAAAAUACCAGAAAAGGCAGGAUUUGGACAAGGACGAAAAAGGCCGAAGAGAGCCCAAGGCCUUGAAGCCAUUUAAGGAAAUCAGAAAUGCAUUUGAUUUAUUUAAAUUAACUCCGGAAGAAAAAAAUGAUUCUCCUGAGAAUAGUCGGAAAAGAGAAGAAAUACCACCGGAUUGUCAAGUCACCGAGGAUCAGAAGAGCAAGGAGAACAAGCAGGCCCUUAAAGGAAGGAGAGGCGCUCGAGACGAGGCCGACACAUGGGCCUUCAUAGCUGCAGAGGGCGAUCAGGAGGCUCUGGACAGCGUGUGCCCGGCGGACGAGAACCCUGAUGGCAGACAACAGAUUUUGAGUUUGGGCAUGGAUUUGCAGUUGGAAUGGAUGAAAUUGGAGGAUUUUCAAAAGCAUCUUGAUGGGGAAGAUGAGACUUUUACUCCUACAGCAGAUGCAAUUCCAAGUAAUUUAUUGAGGGAUGCUGUGAAAAAUGGGGAUUAUAUUACUGUGAAGGUUGCGCUUAAUUCAAGUGAAGAGUAUAACCUGGAUCAAGAGGACGCGAGCGGGAUGACGCUGGUGAUGCUCGCCGCGGCCGGGGGGCAGGACGACCUGCUGCGGCUGCUGCUCCGAAAGGGAGCCAAGGUGAACGGCCGGCAGAAGAACGGGACCACGGCGCUCAUCCACGCCGCCGAGAAGAACUUUUUAACCACAGUGGCGAUUCUCUUGGAAGCGGGAGCGUUUGUAAACGUCCAGCAGAGCAACGGCGAGACAGCUCUCAUGAAGGCCUGCAAGCGGGGGAACUCAGACAUCGUGCGGCUUGUGAUAGAGCGCGGGGCGGACUGCAACGUCCUGUCAAAGCACCAGAACAGCGCGCUGCACUUCGCGAAGCAGAGCAACAACGUGCUGGUCUACGACCUGCUCAGGAGUCACCUGGAGACACUUUCGAGAGUGGCGGAAGAAACCAUCAAGGACUAUUUUGAAGCUCGUCUGGCUCUCCUAGAGCCGGUUUUCCCAAUAGCAUGUCACCGCCUCUGUGAGGGGCCGGAUUUUUCAACAGACUUCCAUUACAGACCCCCACAGAACAUACCGGAAGGCUCCGGCAUCCUGCUGUUCAUUUUCCACGCAAACUUUUUGGGUAAAGAGGUUAUUGCUCGCCUCUGUGGACCAUGCAGUGUGCAAGCUGUCGUUUUAAAUGACAAAUUUCAACUUCCUGUUUUUCUGGACAGUCACUUCGUGUACUCCUUCAGCCCUGCCGCGGGCCUCAAUAAACUCUUCAUAAGGUUGACAGAAGCGCCCUCCGCUAAGGUGAGACCUUUCCUCUGCAGCUGGUGCCACUGUCAGGCUGGCCUUAGGGUGACGUGAGCAGAGACAAGUUGCAGGAAUGCCCUGGGCUUCCUGGUGGGCCCCCCUGGGCCUCACCGGGCUGAGACCCUCCGCGUCCCGUGUGAAAGGAGCAGCGUGCAUCUCCGCGGUGCCAGCCGAUGACCCUCUGGGCAGAUCGCCAGGUGGACUUUACCACUGACAGAGUGAAAUAAGAAUCUCACUUGCACUGCAUUUUUUUUUUUUUCUUAACUGAAAUAAUGAUAGGGAGUUCCCUUAACGAACCUGACUAGAAUCCCUGAGGAUGCCAGUCGGGUUUGACCCCUGACCUUGUUUGGUGCGUAAGGAUGCAGAGGGUCACAGGUGAGGCUUGGAUCCCGCAUUGCUGUGGUGUAGGCCAGCUUAGCUGAUUCCACCCCUAGCCUGGGAACCUCCAUAUGCUGUGGUUGAGGCCUUAAAAAAAGACACACUCCCCCCCGCCCCAGACUCCACGCACCGCGCAUCUGAGAGUGUUUUCAAACAGCAGAAACAAGUCUUGGCAUGUGUAUGUGCGCCUGAAAUUCUGGUUUUUCUUUCUACAGGUGAAGUUACUCAUAGGUGCAUACCGCGUGCAGCUGCAAUGACCAAGCAGAGUUGGGAAAGUUAUUUUCGAACCUAUUUCUAAACACUCUUUGAAGCAGUUUAGAAUUCUGAUUCUGGCACAGCUCACACUUUUCAAAUGUCAGGUUUCUAAUUUCUGUGCAAGGUGGGACCCAGUGGGUCUAAGCUGCUCCACACACAAGCAGUGUCCUGAGACCUCCGUGUUGCGUCCAGACUGUAUGUUCAUGUAUUUCCACAAUGUGGAGUGGUACAUACAAGGAUUAUUUAACAAAAUUAAAACUUUUCUAACUUCAAAGUUUUUUAUAAGCCCUAUUGAAUUACUGAAUUUUUGUGUUUAUUUAAAAAAAAAAAAAAAUCCAGUGUGGGAGUUGCCACUGUGGCUUCGCAGAAACGAACCCAACUAGUAGCCGUGGGGCAUGCAGUUUUGAUCCCUGGCCCUGCUCAGUGGGUUAAGGAUUCGGUGUUGCUGUGGCUGUGACCUAGGCCAGCAGCUGUAGCCCAGAUCAGACCCGCUAGCCUGGCAGUUUCCAUGUGCCUCUGGUGUGCCCCGCCCACCCCACCCAGUGGGCGCAUCACAUUAAAGCUACCUGUGCCCCAAGUUAGGGUGUGACUUGGCAGCCCCGAAGGACUUAAACUAAGGUGGGGGCGGGUUUGAGGGAGGAGGGUUUGAUCUAUUCCCAAGUUGGAGGUGACAGCUCUGUGAAUUUGCAGUUGUCCUUUACCGUCUGAAAACAGUAUCCAGCAGAAUCUAACUUGGAGCAGAAGAAACGCCAGGGCAGGACAGGACAUGAAGGAAGUAAGGUAUGAACUGGACCGGAUCUGUGUGCUUGCUCUGAACACGGGAAGGCCAGCCACACGUGUGUCCUGGGGAGAGCUCCCCCAGGUCGAAGGCUUAGCUCGUAACCAAGCUGUCUGCAGUGGGGAAGCGCGUGAAGCUGCUGAGCUGCGGGCUGGCCUUUCCACAGACGGCCGGCCCGCGGUACCCGCAGGUACUGGUUCCAGGAGCCUCCCAGAAACCAACAGCCACGACAAUCAGGGCCCUGGCCGUUUGCAUCUCACCCCUGCUCGGGUUCCACAGAAUUUAAACAUCUCUAAUACACAGUAAAGGUUAUGUAAAUAGUUGUAAAUGCUGGUGUGCAGCAAAUUCAAGCUUCCAUUUUUGAAACUUUGUGGAGUUUUUUACCCUAGAUAUUUUCAGUCCCUGGUUUGUUUAAAAUGUGGAUAAUGAGGGCUGAUGACAUAUUUUAUAGACAUUUCUGAGACCCACUUCUACUUCACAUGAUGAAACUGCCUUUUCCUACAGUUUUCUAAAUAAAACACCACAGCGUGGGUCUGUCUGCUU